UUUUCUUAUAAUUUGAAUAAAAUGUCUUUCGCAUCAACCAGGAAAAUGCCCAAGUCGUUCCGAGAGCCAGCUGCUGCAUCAAAGGCUCCAGACGGAAUUCCAGACACCGUGACUAAAACCAUGAGAAGGAGAGACCAGAGAGGCAACUCUCUGAUGCAGAAGCCUAAAGAAAAUUCUAAAAAUAUCGAGCAUCCAUAUACAACUACAGCUUUUUAAGAAUAAUAGUUCGUCUAAAAUGUUAUUUGCUAGCAAGGCUCAUGGUUCUUCAUCUCUUGUGCGUCCGAAAAGAAUUAUUUAUCCAUCAACCGGAGAGGGCGAGCUUCCGACUAUUAAUCAUGAUGCUGCUAAGCAAAAGCUAGAAACUUUGUUUAAUAAGAACGGUAUAAAGAAAAGAGAUCCUCUUCAACUGCUCACUAAGCCUAAGAAAAAGCUUAAUCUUUUGAAGAAGCUUCCUAAUAACCUAAAAUUUAAUUCAGGAAAAAGCUAUGAAGAUAAAGCCUUAUUUUUACAAAAAUCAGACGUUAAAUUAAACCGAACUGGGAUGAAUCAGCUUAAAAGAGGGGUUGGGAUGAAAUUUGAGCAAGCUAAUUCUGAACGAAUCACUACUACCCAGACAAAAUCAACUAAUAGGACUCGUGUGGGCACCAAGCAAGGUGGAAGGACUAGGGCCCAGAUUAUCGCUGAGUUCUUUUGUUCCCAAAACUGGAAUUAUCUAGCAAAAAAGUCCUUAAUGGUUAAAAAUGAGCGUGAGCAUUUUGGCAACUCAAUUGCAAAGUUUAGAAGAGUUAAGCGAGGAAUAAGAAAAAUUCAACAAAUUUAUAGACAAUGGAUCGCCAAGGUUAAGGCUAAACAUCAACAUGAGGAAGAAGAGAAGCAACUACUCAAGCAAAAGGAUGAAGAAGUUUUACUUCAACAGAAGCAAGAGGAAGAAAAGAAGAUCGAAGAAGUCAAACAAAAGAAAGCCCAACCUGAUGAAAUUUGUGAAAUACAGGAAGUUCAGAAACCAGAAUUCAUUCUAAGUGAAGACAGUGAUAUCUUCUCACUAAAUGAAGGUGUAGAUCUAUCUAAGUUCAAAGAAAGCAGUGGGAUAAAUACAGACGAAUAUGCUGAUACAAUUAAAACAAUAAAAGAAGAUAAGAAGAAAAGAAAAGAAGAAAUUAAAGGAAAUAGAUUGGAUGAAAUUAUAGAGGAAGAAGAUGAAUCAGUUAUACUUUCACCAUUCCAUACUAAAGCUGGCAAGGUCCUUGCUCGCAUAAUUGAAAUCACUUGGGAAAGGAAGAUGCAGAGAAGGGAAGGAAAGAAAUUAAGAGGGCUACUUAAGAACCUCCCACCACAAUGCAGAAAUUCAUAUGUUAAAUUGAUGCAACUAAGGAAGGAGACAGCAGAUCUCCAGAAUGAUGUGACUAAAAUGCCAAUUAGAUUUUAAUACCUAUCAUAUCUUCUAUAAUUAAUUAAUGACAA